CACUGACAAUGAUCAAAGUUAACGUUCAUCUUGUACUCUAGCUAUCAUGUCCUACCAACAAAAUGGAGCUCAGUACCAGGGCGUACCCCAAGAUGUUGUUUCUGGCGAGCAAUACCGAUACGCAUUGACCAAUUUUCGAAUUGCCCACGAAAAAGUAGAACAACAACGGGCUCAACUAGAAGAGCAGGAGAGACAAGUAGCUCAGCUUCGUGCUAGGAUAGCAUUGCUUGAAGGAGGAUCCAAUACCGAUCGGGCUGGAAAGGGAGGAAAUUCUGUCGAUGACUUCUCUAUCAAAAAUGCAGCCUCGCAAUUGGACAAACUCAUCAAUCGAUGGGCAUCGGAGAUCGUACGAAGUCCACCAGCCUCAUUCGAGGUUAUAUGCAACGCUGUUCUCAGUGAUGUACCGAACGGUCCUGAUGUCGCUGCUCAGAUAAGGGGGACAUCCAUGCAGGUGCAGUAUCUGCUGCGCCAUGCAAUGUCGGAGACGAUAUCUGAAGGCAUCAUUAAUUGUCUGAUGGUGACCAACUCGACCGACGCCAAUAUACAGCUAGCGCGGAUUCAUGAACAUCUAUUUGCUCGUGAUCCCACCGUUGCCUGUGUCUGGCGACGACAGACAUUUUCUGCAGCCGUUGAAUCAUGUACUCCCGACAUGUCUCUCAGUAUUCUGGAAGAGCAGGUCCCGAAGCUCGUGAAGGUCUUGGGGGGUGUCGUGCCCGCCGCGGGAGGUAUCUCUAUUCUUGAAUCCGCAUACGACUUUUCUCGGAUGUUGCAUGGAUCCAACACAACGUCGGGCGACGCGUUUUAUCGGGCCUUUGUUCCAGAACUUGGCAGCACGCUCUAUCCACGGCAGAUAGAGCUCGUGAAACGAUGUCUAAAAAGUGAAAGAGGAGACAUAGACAGAGUUGGUGCGACAAUAUUUCCGGGCUUGGUGAAGGUCACAAGGGCUCCAGCAUUACCUGAUGGGCCUUCGACAGAAACUUUACAGACCGUCGUAAGGCGAGCACAAGUCAUCUGCGAAUGCGCCAUGAACGGCACAGCUGCAUCAUAACUGUUUCAGCCAGUUCACCCCACUUAAAGAAUGCCAAACGCUUCGUGUUUCGCUGCUUUUACCCAUUUCUAGUGUGUUGUUAUUACACAAGUAACAACGAUGCUAACGUAGCCUGAGUUUGUACCACCUGUAAUUAUCUGGUUCAGCAGAUUCACUCCAAACAAAAGAAGCUAUACAUACCUCCAACACUUGUUGUACCUC